AAGAUAGAUGUUGUGGAGAAGGUGUUUGGACCACAGAAGCAUGGUCAUAUAGUUGGGUAUGGAUGUGGGAUAACAACAAAGCAAUUAAAGGGGCGUAAAUCUAGAAGGGAUCCGGAAAUUGAAGAAAGGCUGCAGCAUCGUGAGGAGGAAAUAAUAGCUCUUCAAGGUGAAAAAGAAGCUCUUCAAGCUGAAAAGGAAGCAAUUGCAGUUGAAAAGGAAACAAUUGCAGCUGAGAAAGUUGCUUUACAACGUCGUAUGGAUACGAUGGAGGCUAAUUUUAGCUUCGAGCUAAGUCUUUUGAGAGAAAUGGUCAUGGCUCAACAAGCAACAACAUCUUUCCCAAAUAUGUCGCACAACAUCCAGAAUUCCAUCUAGUAAGAAUCAUUGGCA